AAGCUUCAGGCCGUAGACCGCCGACAGUCUACGUUUUACUUACGGGUGGAGCGCACGUUCGUUGGCCCCUCUCACCGACAUCGACGCACGCUCGAUCUUCGUAAUUAACAUAAAUGGAAAAUAAUUAAUACGGUUCUAAUUUUGUGUUCUGUGCCCCGAACUGGAUUUGGACGUGUUUGUGCUACGACGCCGUGCAAUUUGUUAGCCCGAGUGACUGUUGAACGGUAAUCUAAUAACUGCCGCUUCCCUGUGUGAAUGGACUCUUAUUGAAAAUUGAAGCUAUUUGUAUGCGAGUUAAAGAUACACAUUCGUCCAAGUUGGCCUAACUGCAGAGGCACAUGACUCCGUAUAGCAAAAGUUUAUAACAUCAAGCCACUGCCUUACUUAGGUCCCAGGUGGCGUAUACAUGAGAUGUUAUGGGCUCACGCGGCAUAGGAAAGUGGCUUUGGUUGGUGGUAGUAGUAGCAUGGGCAUGUGGCGCUGCAGCGCGAACGUUAUGUCCGCCGAGAUGCGCGUGCGACGACGCCAUGCGCGCAGCUUCUUGCGCCAACGCUGGCCUCGAAAUAGUACCCAUUCAGCUCAACCCAGAAGCUACGCACAUCAAUCUCACGCACAACACCAUCGCCGAUCUACUAUACACCUUCACCUUCUACUCGCAGCUGACCAUCCUCGACAUUUCUUACAACAGAGUACAGGAUUUAGGUAGUAAAAAUUUUGACAACAAUAUGGAGAUGACGCAUCUAAAUGUAAGUCACAAUACGCUCAAGCGACUGGACAAAGAUACUUUCGUCGGCCUGAAGAGAUUGAUUGACUUAAAUUUAUCAAAUAAUGAUAUAUCGAAUAUACACCCUCAGACAUUUAAGGAUCUCGCCGUUUUAGAAAGACUCGACUUAUCAAACAAUAGAUUAGUGAGUUUCGAACCUGAAACAUUCGAGCCCCUAUCAUCGCUCAAAAUAUUGUCACUGAAAAACAACUCCAUUUUAGAAAUCCCAUCGCCAAACCUAUUUUUUGUUGUUCGCUUGGAAUAUUUGGACCUUUCUGAAAAUUUAAUCCAACGAAUAGAUAAACACGGGAUUCCUUAUUUAAAAGAGCUAAAGCACUUAGACUUUAAUAACAAUAUAAUUGAAGGCGUGGACCAGUUGGGCCUGCACAAUUUACCUUCGCUACGCCACUUGGAUCUGAGCGAUAACAAUUUAACAUCGAUCCCUACAUCUGCUCUUUCGAAACUAUCAAACUUGUCGCAUUUGUACUUAAGCGGAAACUUCUUUCAUAACAUUUCAUCGCUGUCUUUCCAAAGUCUUUUCCAUUUAAAACAUUUACACUUGAGUAGGCUUUAUGACUUAGAGAAGAUUGAUUCUAGGGCUUAUGUGGAUAAUAUAAACUUGCAAAAGAUAUGGAUGAACGAAAACUUAAAAGUAAGAGAAGUCCCUUCGAGACUAUUCCAUGGUAAUCCAAAGCUGACUCAUAUUUACAUAAGAAAUAACGCACUGGAAACACUCGAAGCAUCACACUUUCCAAUAGAUACGCUUCAAGAACUUGAAAUUUCUGGAAAUCCAUUUUCGUGCAAUUGUUCUCUAUUAUGGCUCUGGAAACUUGGUAGAAAUAAUGAAAUACGCGGUAAAAAGUCUGAUAAUACAAGUGCCAUACUUAAAAUAGAUUACGAAGAUGUGAAAUGUUCUGCGCCAGGGCAUUUGAAAGGUGUAUUGUUUGUACAAAUUCCGGAAUCUGAAUUUGGAUGCUCAAAUGGAUGGGUAGUAGUCGCGGUUGUGGUGCUAACUGUUAGUAUAAUAAUAAGUGUGGUCGGGGUUGUACUGUACUUCAUGGGCCCGCUGAAAAGAUGUAAGGGAGAUAAGUCAAAGCAAGUAAUGACCAGUGUAAUGUUAAAUGGCGAUGUAUCCAAAAUAGGUAAUGGUUUAGGGUAUUCUACGCGUAGCAGGGAGUCGGAGACAAAGAGAGACGUCGACCGGUAUCUGAUGAUUGGAUCAACGGUGACAAAUAACUUUCAUUCAUUAAACCCUCCGUGGAAUAGUGUAGAUAAAAGCCCGUACUAUCAAGAGGAUAGUGAGGAGCAUAUUUAUCAACAAUUUGCCUAUGAAACAAUACCCCACCAUAGAACCCCAGAGAAACCGCACAUAGUGUACGUUUAACAAAAGUUUUCUAUUACGGACAAUUUGAAAAACGUAAUUUCAUGUCUUCGUCGUGUUACGGAGGACAUUUAAAAGGUAGUGAUCGACGGAGUCAAUGGUUUCUGCAAUAAUGUAAAUAGUCAUGUUUAAAAUUGUAAUAUGUGAUAGCUUUGUAUAUAGAUAUGUAAAUAUAAAAUGUAAUAAUUUUUACUGAUAAAGACAUUCUCGAUUUUGUACUUAAAUUGUUUAGUAAUGUUGUACGUUAAAACUUCGAAUUAUUUUGCCAAUUAAGGAUCUAUUGAUGUAGAGAUGAUUUGUUUAUGUUUGGACUUACGUCACUCGUUUGUAGAAAGAGCGAACACAUUCGAACUGUAUUUAUAGAAAAAAAAAAUGACUUUUUUGGCUUUUCUACAAACUAGUUACAUAUAUGUAUUACAUAAACAGUAAAUGAUGAUCAGACGUGACUUAAUGUACAGACAUAAUAUUAUAUUGUACUUUGUAGAUUGUUUUGUUUCCUAGUUCCUCUCCCUUAUGAAACCAUUUGUAAAGUAACUUAAAAUAGUCAUGUCAUGUAUAUGUAAUUAUUAUGUGAAUAUUCAUGUAUAAUUCCAUAGUAGUUAUACGUAUAUUUUCAGAAUUAGAACACCAAACAUGAUGAGAACUUUGUACAAAUAAUUAUGAGCAAUAUAGAUUACUAAUUUGAAAUACUAUAAUAAUAUGUUAAUUUUUAUUAAAACAUUGUUAUAGCGUAUAAUUGUAUUUAAUAAAGAAAAAAUACAGAAUAAUCUGAUUAUCAGUACUGCUUAGAAAAACAUAGCCUAUCUACAUAGCACAAGGUACUAAAACAUUUGCUAGCAAAUUAAUUUAAAGUACCUCACCAACUUUUAUACUACCACAAUAAGUAAUUGUAAUUAGGUGAAUAUCGCAUUUAAAUCGUAACAAUCUUGUUUUGAAAAGAUAAUUCUGCCAAUAAUAGUAACUAUAGUGCAUUGAGAGGGGUCUCUCCGUCACUCGCUUCAU